GCCAACGCACUCAACCCUUGUUUCCCCCCAGCAGGAUUUGUCCUUCCCAAAGCUUGGGCAGAUGGAGGAGGAGGCUGCAAGGAAGAGGAAAAAGCCGUGGGCCCCCCAGGCAGGCCCCGAGCUGAGGACGGAGAGCACGGAGGACAAAUCCCCCCGGCAGAGCCUGGUGGGAGAGGCCGUUUUGAAGGGCUCCCCAGCACAGGAAGGCAGAGGGGAGGAAAAGGCCUGGAGAUGCCCCCAGAGGAGGGGCUGCAAAGCCAGCCCAGGGAGCUCUGAGGAGGAAAGACCCGUCCUGUGCCAGGAAGGCGGCCGGAGCUUGAGCCGGAGCUCUGAGCUGGUGGUUCCUGAGCAGCCUCCCAGCAGGGAGAAGCCCUUCAGGUGCUUGGAAUGUGGGAAGAGCUUCAGGAGGAGCACCCACCUCCUCACCCACCAGCACAUCCACACUGGGGCACGGCCCUACACGUGUGGGGAAUGUGCAAAGAGGUUUCAGACCAGAUCGCAUCUUCUCAGGCAUGAGCAGACACACACAGGGGAGAGGCCCUUCCGCUGCACCGACUGCGGGAAGGGCUUCAACCAGAACUCCCACCUCGUCACCCACCGGGGCAUCCACACCGGGAGAGGCCCUACAAGUGUGGGGAGUGUGGGAAGGGCUUCAGCCAGAGCUCCAGCCUGAUCCAACACCAGCUCAUCCACACAGGGGAACGGCCCUACAAGUGCUUGGAAUGUGGGAAGAGG